GCCGAGCCCGGCAGGGGGAAGGGACCGGGGCCGGAGCGUUGGGCCCCGCCGCGGGCUGUGCUCGGGUGCCCCGGGCCUGGCUGCACCCGAGGGGGGUGAGGCUGUUCGGGGGAAGCCCCUGCUGGCCUGGUCUCGGGGUGCGGUGUGGGCAGGGUGUUUCUGAAAGAGAACUGAGCUGCUGGCUUCUGCUAAAGUGCUGUUCUUAAAGGGUGCUCGCUGGGGUUAAAUAAAAAUUUCCCAGCUCUUUCAUAGUGUUUAUUCUGCGAUGGUUACAGGUCAUGAACUUUUAGGAGGCCAAAGACGUUUUGCUUUUCCAGUUACUUGCGUGUUUUUCCUCUUUUUUUCAUGUAAUAAUUACUAUAUAUUAUUUAUGUUAAAACUAGCGCUGCAUGCGACUUUUCCUUUUUUUUUUUUUUCCCCCAAAGGAAUAGAGAUAGGAAGAGAAGGUAUCAUUGACCUAAAGACUGUCUGUUUUGUUUACACUCCUACACAGGAAGAGAAAGGGAGAGGUGUGCUGUUUUAUACAAGGCAGGAUGGCACUAUGCCACUCGGCACUUCAUAAAACAGUUUCUUGUUGCACGUUUGUUCAACAAGUGAAUCACUUGCUUGAGGGGUUUUGCUUGCACACAGAGAACACAAGGAAAAAGAAGAACAGAAAGAAGAUAGCAGCAGCACCGAAUGCAGCGAACAAGGAGUCAUGGACCUGAAAUUCACUUCCUCAAGAAAAUACAUUUCCAUCAGUGUACCUUCCAAAUCUCUAACUAUGUCACCUCAUAUCAAAUCAGUAGAUGAUGUUGUAGUUCUUGGUGUCAAUCUUAGCAAAUUUAACAAACCUACUCAAUUUUUCAUCUGUGUUUCUGGAGUUUUUAUGUUUUAUCUAAUCUAUGGAUAUUUACAGGAAUUGAUAUUUUCCGUGGAAGGUUUUAAACCUUUUGGUUGGUACCUCACUUUAGUGCAAUUUGGAUUUUAUUCCAUUUUUGGACUAAUAGAAUUACAGUUGAUUCAGGACAAAAGGAGAAGAAUUCCUGGCAAAACCUACAUGAUAAUAGCAUUUUUAACAGUGGGAACAAUGGGUUUGUCAAAUACCUCUUUAGGAUAUCUGAAUUAUCCUACUCAAGUCAUCUUCAAGUGCUGUAAACUGAUUCCAGUUAUGGUAGGCGGGGUUUUUAUACAAGGAAAACGUUAUAAUAUUGCAGAUGUGUCUGCUGCCCUGUGUAUGAGUCUUGGAUUAAUAUGGUUUACUUUAGCUGACAGCACAGUUGCACCAAACUUCAAUUUGACAGGUGUGAUCCUAAUAUCCCUUGCCCUCUGCGCGGAUGCAGUUAUAGGAAAUGUACAGGAAAAAGCUAUGAAGUUGCACAAUGGUUCUAAUUCCGAAAUGGUUUUAUAUUCCUAUUCAAUAGGUUUUGUGUAUAUUUUAUUUGGAUUAACAUGCACUAGUGGAUUAAGCCCUGCAGUAACAUUUUGCUCAAAGCAUCCAGUUCAGACUUACGGUUAUGCAUUCCUUUUCUCUCUGACUGGGUAUUUUGGCAUAUCCUUUGUUCUAGCUUUGAUUAAAAUCUUUGGUGCCCUUCUGGCUGUAACAGUAACAACAGGAAGAAAAGCAACGACCAUUAUGCUUUCUUUUUUGUUCUUUGCAAAACCAUUCACAUUCCAGUAUGUGUGGUCAGGCUUGCUGGUUGUUCUUGGUAUAUUUCUUAAUGUUUACAGUAAGAAUAUGGAUAAAAUCAAACUGCCUUCACUACGUGGUGUUUGGAAAAAAAGUGUGGAAGAAAGAAAAACAAGGACAUUGUCACAAACUGUAUAGACAAUGGUUUAUGGUCUAGACUAUCACUUAACAUUUUAUUGGAACAGUCUUCAACUGAUUCACUUUCCAAAGGGAACAUUAUUAAUACCAAAGGAGCUGAAUGCAUAUUGUCUGCUUGCAGAUGGCUAGAAAUGCACAUUUUCGUGAGCCCUUUCUUCAGAGCACUUGAAUUCAUCAUAAAAGGUGUUAUAGGCCAUUGUCAGAUGGCUUUAUCAGUCAAUGAAGGACAGCAGCUCCUGGCAAACUGUUGAGAAGCUGCACCCCAAAUGUGACACACUAGAACGCUUACUUGGGCAUUUUAAUAAUAUUGGCCACGUGGCUUGUUUGAGAUAAGCUGUUCUCCGUCUUUGUUAAUUGUCUAUGUGAGGGAAUUUAAAUGUAAUGCUGUAUUCACGUUUAAUGGAACCUAAUCAGCAAUUGGUUGACCAAAUUGCAGUUUUAAAGGUGGAAGAUUUAGAAUAUGAUAUGCUGCCACUUUUUCAUUUUAAAUAAAAAUAUUGUGAUUUUUUAAGUUA